CAUUGUGACCGUUCUGCAAACUCAGCUCGCUAUUAACUUUGUUUUUGCUGUAGUGUGGAGGCUGCGCGGGCUGCGUUUGCGGCGGUGGCUCAUCUGGCGGUGAGAAAUUAAACGCUGCGCCUAUAAUUACAGCAUGAGCGAGGAAACCGAAAGCGAUUUACAGCCGCAGGCAGACGCAAGCGACGCCCUCGUCGAAGCUAAGCCUGCAACCGAAACCGAAACCGAAACUGAAACUGAAAGCGCAAGUGAAACAGCGGGAGCUGCUACGUCGGCUCAGCAGGAGUUUGCGGACUAUGAACAGCAUGUGAGCUAUGCGGCCGAUGGCGUCGCCGUCUACACAGAUCCUAGCACCAAGCAGCAGUACAAAUGGUGCAGCAAACAAAACCAUUGGCUGCCCCAAACGGCGGUUAAGGCGACAACAACUGCGGCUGAUCCCUACGAGAAUGAGCAUUACAAAUGGUGCGCAGAGACGCAGCAAUGGCUGCCCAAGCAGACGCACACUACAACGACGGAAACGGAGCACUACAAAUGGGAUGCAGAGCAGCAAAAGUGGCUGCCCAAGCAGCAGCAGCAGCAUCAGCAGCUGCCGCUAGCAGCUGCAGGCGAGCAAGUGGUCUACGGCGUCGACGAGCGUGGCCAGCGCACUUAUACAGACAAAGAUGGUGCUGUCUUCUUUUGGGAUGGCGACAAGCACGCCUGGUUUCCCAACAUCGAUGAGAACUUUAUGGCGCGCUAUCAAAUGAAUUACGGCUUCAUUGACAACACAAGCGCGGGCGAGCGCGAGAAGGCAGAACGUGAAGCAGCCGAGACUAAGCGCAAGGAGGAGGAACUCAAGCGCAUGACUGCUGAGGCUGAGGCGGCCAUGAGUGCAGACAAGGACGCACAGCCAGCUGCUGCCACAGGCAAGCGCAAGGCACAGGAGCCGCCAAAAUGGUUCGACUUGGAUCCCUCGCAGAAUACCAAAGUUUAUGUCACCAAUUUACCGCUGGAUAUUACUAUCGAUGAGUUUGCUGAGCUUAUGGGCAAGUGUGGCAUGGUCAUGCGAGAUCCUCAAACGCAAAAGUAUAAACUGAAGCUGUACACCGAAGCGGAUGGGCAAAUCAAAGGCGAUGGCUUAUGUGAUUACAUAAAGGUGGAGUCUGUGAAGCUGGCGCUCGAAAUCUUGGAUGAUUACGUCUAUCGUGGGCAUAAGAUUCACGUGCAACGCGCGCAGUUUCAAAUGCGUGGCGAGUAUAAUCCCGCACUCAAGCCCAAGCGCAAGAAGAAGGACAAGGAAAAGUUGCAGAAGAUCAAGGAGAAACUAUUCGAUUGGCGACCGGACAAGAUGCGUGGCGAGCGCUCCAAGAAUGAAAAGACAGUCAUCAUCAAAAAUCUAUUUACUCCCGAGCUGUUUGAACGGGAAGUCGAGCUUAUACUGGAGUAUCAAAACAAUUUGCGUGAGGAGUGCGGCAAGUGCGGCAUGGUGCGCAAAGUGGUGAUCUAUGAUCUGCAUCCAGAGGGCAUAGCACAAAUUAAUAUGUCCACGCCGGAGGAAGCGGAUUUAGUUAUACAAAUGAUGCAGGGACGUUAUUUCGGGCAGCGCCAGCUGAGCGCUGAGCACUGGGAUGGCAAAACCAAAUACAAAAUGGAAGAGACUGUCACUGAGGCGCAGGCGCGUUUAAACAAAUGGGAUGAUUAUUUGACAGCAGAGGAGGCGGCCAGAGGGAGACCGCCGUCGCCGCCGGGACCGCCGCCAGACACAGCCGAGUCCGCCUAAGUUGCUGUGCUUUGUUUUUGCUUUGCUUACCUGCGAUCACUGUCCUGUCUAUCGAUUACCUCCAAUACCACCUCAUUGGCCAUGGCAUUCGGAUA